GCCUGGCUCCGUGCCGAGGGGCAGCCGGGCUGCGCUCCGUCCCUCCCCGCGGGGCUGCCCGGGGUGGCCGCGGCCAUGCCGCCAGGUACGAGGGCGGGCGGGGGGCGCCGGGCGGGGAGGGGGCUCUGCGGGACACCCCCGAGGAGCCCCUGGGCCGCCCGGCUGCUGCUGCUCCUGGUGAUGGUGAUCAUGGUGAUGGUGAUGGGCGCCCGGCCCGGGGCGCAGGCGACGAGCGGACACGAACAUGGCUUGAAUCCCAAUAGUUCUUUGUGGGAUAUGGAUUACAGAAGACUGUUACACAGUAAGAAAAACCUUUCUGGGACCAUGGCCUCUUACAAACCCUCCAGCUCCUUCAGAAGCAGCUCUCUCCUGAGUUACCAUGGAAGGAAAAGUUUGCUUAGUCAGAACCUGAACCAGAAGCCACAAGAAAAGCAGUUGUCCUGUGAUACGCUCCUUAAACUCUCCAGAUACAUUUUAAUGGAUAUCUUUAGACCUAGCUUGGCCUGGACUCUCUUUCGGUUUCAUAACUGUGAUCGAGGAGUCAACCUCCCCAAACUUCAUAUCAGCCCCCUCAAGGUGGCCCAGCACAAGGUGAAGCCGUUCCUGCUGCACAGGGUGCUCCGGCUCCUCGGGAACAUGGGAGUGCUGUUUGAAGCUCAGCAGUCCAAGGCCUUCUCUCUACUCAAGAAGCAAAUGAUUAAACCAAGGAAAACGCCGUUAAAGCCCGAAGAGGAGCAAAGUGGCCAGUGAAAACUUAAUGUGGGGUGAAAUGACACUGAAAUCAUUCACCUGAGAGUAGUUCUUUCAGAAAAAGAAUCAACCCAGUCUAUUUCUGUGGAUUCUGAGGCUACAGAGGAAAAACAGUUUUGAAUUACAUAAACAGCGCUCACACCUCAAAAAUUUUGGUUUCUUGUUCAGGAAAAGUCCCAGGUAAGCAGGAGUGACUUUGACUUUGUUGAUUGUUCCAUGAGGCCUGCAAAAAGCUUAGCACUAACCGAAGCCUGGCUUAUAUUUACCUCCACUAUUACUGUGUUAGAUUAAUCAUUGUUGUCUUUUAUUUAGAUUGCAAGCCUGUGAAAUCUUUUGCAUGAAGUAAAUAUUUUAAAUAGCAAUGUAUGAGGUUUCUAGGGCCCUAGCAGGUGUGAAAUAGAGGUUCAGGUCCUCUUCUACCUCAAAUUUUGAACUUCUAGAACCAUUGAAUUCAGAGAAUUUAGUGUGUUUUAAGACAAAAUACUCCUAUAUGUCUCGUAUUGCCUGACAUUUCCACCAGUAGAUAAAUC